AUGUUUGUAUACACUGAAAAUACAACACUCUAUAAUCCAAGUGGGAGAAUAGAAUUUAUGUCCGAACUUGUAUCUGAUAAGAUUUAUUAUUAUGGUGGACAUAUAAUUGGGGCCAACGAUCUCAAUGAUUUUUUUUAUAUUGACCUGACGCAGCCAUUUUCAGGCUUUUCUCCUCCAUAUCAAUUUAUAAAAAAUUUAGACAUAAGGGGUGGAGCAAUUAGUGUUUCUCAUACAAAUAAAAUAUAUGUUUUUGGAGGGUUUGAUAACAACGGCACACCUCCCAUUGACCUUUUUAUAAAUCAAUCACUUACAACGGAUCCAGUAACUAUAUAUAUCCAAGACACUAUUUCAACACCAUCUUCAAGAAAAUGGCAUGCUUCUGUGAUUGAUCAUACGAAUGAAAAAAUAUAUGUUUGGGGAGGAAUUCAGAAUUUGAGUACCGUUUAUACAAAUUAUAGGUUUGUGCAGGAUGACAGAACUAUGUAUAUAUUUGAUAUUUCGCAAUACGUUUGGACUUCAAAUCCGAUGCCUAACCAACCUAAUGGCCGUCAACUUCACACAGCAACUUUGAUGCCUGAUGGAUGGAUAAUUAUGAUCAGUGGUGCUUUUAGCUCGGAUGUAGGACAGUAUUAUAGUAAUAUAUUAAUCAAAGCAUUCUUAUUUGCAAUGUUUGAGCUUGACGUAUAUGACACAAAGACGAGUCAAUGGAUAAAUAUUACAGCAACAAAGAAUGGUUACAUUCCUUCAAUUAUUUCUCAUUCAGCAACUCUCUUGCCUGAUAACCAGAAUAUAUUGAUAUAUGGAAGUAGCGAUGCAGCUGGAUACUCUGGUCUAGCAGUUCUGAAUACCUCAAACUAUGUGUGGACAGUUAUUUUGCCAACUGGAAAUAUACCAUCCAUAAUCUCAAAUGGACAUAAAGCUACACUCUAUUUUGACAUCAUAAUUUUUGCAUUUGGACAAUACACUCUUAAUAACAAACAUUAUUUGAUGAAUUCUGAAAUAAGAAUUCUCAACAUUUCAAAUGGUCAAUAUAGAUGGGUUGAAAACGCGAAAAAGAUUCUUGAUGAGCAGAUCGAGCAGAAUA